AUGCCCGCAGGACGACGAGCGCUGCAACGAGCCCUAGCAGUGGCGGCGGCCGUCGCGGAGGCGUCCGACACGAGCGACUUCUGCAGCUCCGUCACGUCCUGCCUCAAGGAUGGCAGCACCGCGUGCGACACCACCACGGGCGAGUGCCCGCCCUGCAUCUACGCGCUGGACAGCACCUACACGUGCUGGGAGAAGGACAACUCGACCAACACCUGCCCCUUCACAGGCGUCCGCUACGACUGCUCCGACUCGUGGAGCACCACGACGUCCACCAGCUCAGCCGCGACCUCCACGACGUCGUCGUCCUCAGCUUCCUCGACCCCUUCCACGGCCGGCACAUCGGAUGGUUCUUCGACGACCGCCUCAGCGUCGUCGUCCGACACCAGCACAGAAUCCUCCAGCUCCGGUACCAUCGGCGGACUGAGCUCCAGCCUCAUCACGUACGGAGCCAUCGGCCUGGGCGCAGUUCUAAUCUUCGUCAUCCUCAUCAUCCUCUGCGCUCGGAGGCGCAAGAUGCGGCGGCGUCGGGAGGAGGAAAUCGCGGCCGCGGGUGCUGGCAACUUUGGGCGCAAUCGCGCCCCGUCGGACAAGCGUCCACGUGGCCUGUCGAAGCCCGAUAACGGGUCCUACCCUGGCCCGUACAACAACCUCUUGGACACCAGCAAAGUCAACUAUGCAGCAGGCCCCAACAUGAACGCAGGCUACGGAGGGAGCUACGGUGCGCGCCGCAAGGGGUCGCGCGGUGACCCGAUGGACACGAUGUCGCGCGUGCCCACGGACGAGUCUCCGCGCAGCUUCGACGGCAUGCUCACAGACUCAACUCACUCGCCAGCAGUUCUCGGUGCCAGCUCGCACAACUCUCGCGGAUCGCACAAGAGCGGCGGGCGCAGCGCCCAGGCGGCCCCUGUCGUCGGAGGAAUUGGAGGCUUCUCGAAUGUGAACGAGUACGUGCAGCAAGACGUCUCCUUGCGCUGCACCUCCACGCCGAAUGUGUUUGGCGAGUACCUGCGCAUGAAGCAGGAGAUGCAGUACGACGACGCCGACCGCAGCACGAUGGGCGGCAUGAGCGGCGUUAGCUUCAGCGACACCAUCAGCGACUUGGACAGCGGCAAGUACUCGUUCCAGUCAUCGCAGGGGAUCGGCCGAAUGCCGCAGCGGCGGACGGACCUGGACAGCCGCUCUUCGAUAGCCGACUCUAUCGCCGACUCGGUCACCGACUCGGAGUACGCCGAGCAAAUUCGCGCUCGCGGCGAGAGCGAUUGCUACUCCGAAAUGUCGUACAACGACGAGAAGUACUCCUUCAGCAGCCUGGAUGGCCUCGAUGACAGCCAGGUGCGAAAAGGCAAGCGCGAAGUCGAGAUCUAGGUCCAAGCCCAGGCAGCGGAGACUCCCUGGCAUUUUCCCUUUU